CUGGGCUCCUCGCUUCAUGCACUUUUAACAAGCUUGUGGGGUUUUUGCAGGAGGGACUCGCUAAAGGGGCUAGAACUGGACGUGAGAAAUGGCCGCGAAGUUGUUUGAAAGCAUCGGGAAGUUUGGCCUGGGGUUAGCUGUCGCAGGUGGAGUUGUCAACUCUGCUCUUUACAAUGUUGAUGCGGGCCACAGAGCUGUUAUCUUUGACCGAUUCCGUGGAGUCCAGGAUACGGUGGUAGGAGAAGGUACCCACUUCCUCAUCCCUUGGGUACAGAAACCGAUCAUUUUUGACUGUCGAUCUCGCCCACGUAACAUUCCCGUGAUCACUGGCAGCAAAGAUCUACAGAACGUGAACAUCACGUUGCGUAUCUUGUUUAGACCAGUGACCGCCCAGUUACCCCGAAUUUUCACAAGUAUUGGAGAAGACUAUGAUGAGCGUGUCCUGCCUUCAAUCACAACUGAAAUCCUGAAGUCUGUUGUGGCUCGCUUUGAUGCUGGAGAAUUGAUCACUCAGAGAGAGCUGGUCUCAAGGCAAGUGAGUGAAGACCUCACGGAGAGAGCAGCGACCUUCGGCCUCAUUCUAGAUGAUGUGUCCCUGACCCAUCUGACCUUUGGCAAGGAGUUCACAGAGGCAGUUGAAAUGAAGCAAGUGGCCCAGCAAGAAGCAGAGCGAGCCAGAUUCAUUGUGGAAAAGGCUGAGCAGCAGAAGAAAGCAGCUGUCAUCUCUGCUGAAGGAGACUCAAAAGCAGCUGAGCUGAUUGCCAACUCGUUGGCUACUGCAGGCGAUGGUUUGAUUGAGCUGCGCAAACUGGAGGCAGCUGAAGACAUCGCUUACCAGCUCUCACGGUCCCGCAACGUCACCUACCUGCCCUCUGGACAGUCUGUGCUCCUCCAGCUGCCACAGUGAAUGUGGCUCUGCAGCCGUAGUUAACCUGAUCACUUCUACCUACCAGAUCAGCCUUUUCCAAAACAAUCAUUGCAAUUUCCUGAUUGGGUAAAAGAAAGGAAAUUAAAAUCCAACCCCUUUUGAAUUCUUAAUCAAAUAAAACUGAACACUCUUGACAACAAA